AGGGCAGUUCACGGAUUUGCUGCGCGCCGGUGGUGACGACCUCGUUUUCACUGUUCGUCGAGGAUGGCCUUCAAGGCAGUAGUUCUAGUUGGCGGCCCACAGAAAGGUGCGUUUUAUCAAAUUCUCUACAAAUGGGUGUAUUCCUUGCUGCUGGAGCACUUCUAUCGCUCUAUGCGAUAUUUCUCGUCUUACCUGUCGUACUGAUGGCUGUUGCCGUACAGAAUUGUCCACUUUCUUUGUAAACAUGCUAGGAACGCGUUUUCGUCCUCUAUCGCUUCAACUUCCAAAACCUUUAUUUCCUAUUGCGGGCGUUCCAUUAGUAGAGCAUCACAUUGAUCAACUAUCACAGCUUUCUGGACUUUCUGAAAUAGUACUUAUUGGCUCGUAUUCGUCAGACCUCUUCACAGAUUUUAUUGGAAGAUGUCAACAAACUUACCGUAUCUCCAUCAAGUAUGCACAAGAACAACAGCCAAUGGGCACCGCCGGUGGUCUGGUGGCUCACAGAGAACUAAUUCUCAAAGAUUCACCUGCAGCACUAUUUGUCAUCAACGGCGAUGUUUGCGGUGAUCUUCCUGUGGAUGAGAUGGUCAGCCGAAUCGCUACUCUACCCGAAGACAGUUGUUUACUUCUCACCACUGAGGCAACACGAGAACAAAGCGGUAAUUUUGGAAACGUGGUUAUCGAUAAUACCGGUCGCAUUGUACAUUAUGUGGACAAACCCACAACUUUUGUUUCUACGCACAUCUCUUGCGGAGUUUAUCUGAUAAAAACUAGUGUGGUGAAGGGUUUAAUGUUGGACCAUUCCACUAAUUUAUGGUUUGAAACUGAUGUCUUCCCGAAAAUGGCUUCCAACGGCAAGUUAUACGCAUUGCAUACAACGCGUUGGUGGAGCCAGACUAAAACAGCAGCGGCUGUGCUAUAUGCAAAUCGACAUUAUCUGCGUCUUUUUAAAAAGAGAUACGCAGCUCGUCUAUGUAAAGAUCGAGCACAAAUUGUUGGUGAUGUCUUCAUCGAUCCCAGUGCUGAGGUGGACAAGUCAGCUAAAAUAGGACCAAAUGUUAGCAUAGGGCCAAAUGCAAAGAUUGGGAAAGGAGUGAGAAUCAAGGAAUCUAUCAUUCUUGCCGAUGCAGUUGUAAAUGAACAUGCUUGUGUACUGCACUCGGUCAUCGGAUGGCGUUCCGUAAUUGGUGCCUGGUCACGUGUUGAAGGAAUUCCACUUGCACCCAAUCCGAAUUUACCUUUUGCUAAGCUUGAAAAUAAACCACUGUUUCUAUCGGAUGGUCGUCUCAAUCCUUCACUCACUAUUCUUGGCUCAGACGUUUCGAUAGCACCGGAAACUAUCGUUUUAAACUGCGUUGUCUUGCCUUACAAGGAACUGUCUUGUAGUUACAAAAAUCAAAUAAUACUGUGAUUGUUGGUCAUAUGAAAGUCUGUUAGAUAUCUAAUCUGGUAUGUAUAUGUAUUGUCAAGUCAACAUUUCCGUUCACAUAGUAUUUAUUCGCUUUUUCUGUGAUCAUUGAGUGUCUCAGUUUGCUGUGCUGCUGUCGUUUUAGUUUUGGUUUUGCCAAAAAGAGCGAUAUGAGGAACGGUAAUUUGUUAGUACCCAUUCCAAUAUAUAUAUCUAUCUACGCUGUGAUAUUGCCUUUAUGAUUUAUGAGAAGAAAUAAAUUAUGCUUUAUU